UACACCCAGCCCUUAAAAUCCCAGGUAUUACUCUGGUUAGUGUAUUUUCCUGAGAACCACUGAUCAGGACAAAGAAGUACAGAAGUUUCCUUUACCUCUAUCGACACCAACAGACCACAUAUCAGCACAUUAUGUAUAGACCAGUCACAGCUUCCCGCACGUCUUUGCCACUGUGGAUGGUUGCCCUCAUUGUGUUUGGAGUGUUGGCAAUCCUGGGAAUAAUGAUUGGUCUUCUGGUUUAUUUUCUGGCAGUAGAAAACACGGUUUAUUACUACCAAGGUAGAUUUACAGUGUUGGAUAUCUCACACAAUGAAAAUUAUGCAAGAGAGACAUCACCAGAAAAUAACUAUCUUAGCAAAAUUCUUGAGACUAAGAUGGCUGAUGCAUUUCAGAGUUCUAGCAUUUAUAGACAAUAUAUCAAUUCUCAAGUCAUUACACUGGAUCCUGAUAACAACAGCGUGAUAGCACACAUAUGGCUGAUAUUCAAGUCUCCCAAAUCAAUGAAGGAAAACACAAGAAGAAAAAUUGAAACCAUCCUACAUCAGAUGCUGAGUAGCCACUCAGGAUCCUUGAAUAUAGAUCCUGAUUCUCUUAGGCUGACAGAAAUCAGUAAGACCACUGCUGAAAAAAUUAUCAACAACCGCUGUGGGAGACGAGCAAGGAUGUCAGCUACACAUGAUAGAGUCAGGGGAGGUUCCAAUGCUCGGGAAGGAGAAUGGCCCUGGCAAGCAAGUCUCAAAAUCAACGGCCGACACUACUGUGGGGCAUCUUUGAUCGGUAAAAGACACCUGGUGACUGCAGCUCACUGCUUUCAAAAGACACAUAAUCCAAAAAACUAUACUGUCAGCUUUGGCACCCUUGUAACUCCACCAUAUAUGCAACAUUAUGUUCAACAAAUUAUUAUUCAUGAAAAUUAUGUCUUGGGUGAACAUCACGACGACAUUGCAGUUGUACUGCUCACUGAAGAAGUUUCACUUAACAACGAUGUACAUCGAGUUUGUCUUCCAGAAGCCACACAGAUUUUUCCACCAGGUGAAGGAGUUGUUGUUACAGGAUGGGGAGCACUUUUUUACAAUGGUGACUACCCAUUGUUACUUCAGAAAGCACCUGUGAAGAUUAUCGAUACAAACACCUGUAAUUCUAGGGAAGCAUAUAAUGGCAUGGUGCAGGACACGAUGAUAUGUGCUGGAUACAUGGAAGGAAAUAUUGAUGCUUGCCAGGGUGACUCUGGAGGUCCACUGGUUUACCCCAAUUCUCGCAAUAUUUGGUACCUUGUUGGAAUAGUGAGCUGGGGAGAAGAUUGCGGUAAGAUCAAUAAGCCUGGUGUCUACAUGCGAGUGACUGCCUAUCGCAACUGGAUUGCCUCCAAGACUGGUAUCUAAGAGAAAAGCAUCUUGUCGAAAUUAUCUUAGGUCAUUUUUACCCAUUACUUCUAAGCCUUAUAUAACAUACAUUUAAAACUAGUGUAUAUAAUGUUUUUUUAGAAAAAAAGUAUUGUCUUGAGAAAAUAUUUAUGAACUUUAUUUAAUAUUAAGCAGACUCUACAAAACAAGAAAUUUCAUGUUUAGUUAAGAAGGCCUAAGCAAAAAAAAUGCUUUUAUCAAAAACUGACUAUUAUUAUUUGCUUUGUAUUUUAUGUACCCACAUCAUGGUUCUUGCACCAUAGCAUAAUGUUCUUCAUUUUAGGCAUUUGGACUUUGUGGAAUUAUAAAAAUACAAUUUUUCUUGUCCAUUGUAAGUUACCAGGCAGCACUGCCGAGUAGUGGGUUGGACCAUGUUGUACCUGCCUUCAUGUCAAAGUUUUUGUGGAAGGGGUGUAGUUAUAAACUAAAUCAUGUCAGAAUUUAGGCACUGAUUUAGAGUCUUUUAUUUCAGGUGCUGAGUAACUCUUUCAGUCAAAGAAUUUCACUCUCAGCAAAACUGGGUGAAACAAUACAUUUAGAUUUAUAGAUACCAGGUGCACUAAUUCUUCAAUGUUGAUACAGGUUUCUGUAGGAAUUCUUUAUUUGAACUAUGAAUAGAAAAUGCAGCUGUGAGCCAUGGAAAUGUGUAAUGUAUUUUAAUUAAAACAAAUUUAAAAGCAGACUAUCUUUGUUUAAUAUGACAAUUUUACUCUCUUUUUGUUUUUUUGAGUCUUUUGCAGGUGACUUUCUGUCUCUCUCUUCUUUUCUGUUAUUGCUUUCACUUGGUCAGUGGCUUAAGAAAGGGCCACAGGAUAGUUAAAAAGCUACCCAGAGGCAGAAAGGAAAGUCUCAGGAAGACCAGGUGGGUGCAGUGAGCAGUUCCUCAAAGGCCACUGGCACGAAGCCUCCUAGUCAGGUUGUCUGAAAUGAGGCUAUCUCAGCCAGAGUUGGGGCUCAACAGCUCGUAGAGUUUGCUCAGAUGGUCACCUAUCCUCCCAUGAGUGUCAGCUCUGGGUCUAGGAAGUGGUUCUUCUAGAAGCAACAGAGAUGAGCAUCCAUGCAGAUAAAGCCCAGGACAGGCCUCAUCUUCUAGACCAAGGAGGUUUUCAUGGCAUGCAGGCUGCUACCUCACCUAUCUUAGGAUGGCUUUUGAACUUCCUGGAAAAAGGCUCAGUUGCUGUUGUGUUUUCGCAUCUUCAAGAGAUGCAAGGCACCCUGCUUCUCCUAAUCUACCUCUGGGAAGAGUGGUGCAAGUGGUCCAGGGCCACGUGAUCCGUGGAUAUGGAGGCCUGGAGAGAGGUAGUUCAGGGAGGCCUGCAGAGGCCGGCUGACCAGCCUCUGAAGUCAGCCUUCACUUUGGAGGUAUAAUUCUGGCUGAUCCAAGGGCUCAUGGUUCAUUGAUGACUAGAGGCCAAUGAUACACAAAAAUGGCAUUUGUGGUUCUCAGGAGUCAUGAUGGAAUAACUAAGAGGAUGGCUCUAGAAGUUCUGUCUGUGGGCUGAGGAGGAAGGAGAGUAAUUGGAGGCUGGAGGGCAGAGAGGGGAGAGCAUUUGCAUCGCGAAAAGAGACAGAUCCACAUACUGUGCCUGUAGUUGGCUGUUUUGUAGGGAAUAAAUGUUAAUUACUGACCAUAUUCUUGGUCCUAGUUUGUCAAAGAGAGCAUAGAGUUCUGUUUUAUGAACAUACAAUCUUCACAAACUGAGUGAUAUUAGUUUGUAAUAUUCAUCUUUCAAGAGUAGAAAUUUUUAUCAGUAUUUACUGAAAACUUGAUUCACAGUCUUCAUAAGAGUCCUCAUACAGUAUUUACAUUUUAUUUAAGCUUCAACUACCUAUAUUGGAUAUAAGAGAAAAUGUUUUACCUACUGAAUUUUCUCCACCCAGAAAAUAUGGAUUCUACCCUACUGAUAAUCCUUUUUCUGUAUAUCAAAUAUCUGAA